AGUGGUAUUAGGAGUUAUGACAAGUACAACACACGAAGCAGGAAUCAGUCUAAGUCCGAGAAGGAUCAGUCGAAACAUGUACAAGAUCUUAUUAAAAAAUUGGGACCAGCAAUUCCUAAGGUCAUUUCUUCUGCCCUCUCUCCAUAUAAAAUCCACUUUCACUUGUUUUUCUGGGUACUUAAUUUGAGAUGGAGCAGUAAGAGAUACUCAUUUGGAAGAAUUAAGGCUGCUACAGAAUAUGAAAAGUUGCACAAACAGAUGAUGCACUUUCUCGAUCCACUCUUGUGAGUCCCAAAUAUCCUUGCCGAAGAUACCCGGUUGUUUUAUAUGAGUGUGGAUACAGUGGAAAAGGGUUGCAUGGCUCUAUAAAGCGUCUAAUGCUAGAAGAUACAUGGCAUUAUUUUGGACAAUGUUGGUGCAAAAUCUGCUGUUAAGUGGAAGGAAUCAAGAUUGAACCUUUCAAUUUUCAUGCCAAGCAUAUUUUUAGGUCUAGGAACAAUGUGACAUUGACCGGACUAAAUUGGGGAUUUAACUUUUUCUUGUUAUAAUAUUGUCAUGACUUGUGAGUCACUCUUACAAGGAGACCCACCCAGAACCUAAGAUGUGAGUGAAAAGAUUAAGGGUGCACUUCAGUAUGAGGAUUGGUUAAGGUGUGUGGUAGCUAAUGGGAGUGCAAGAGCAUAUUUAAUAAUGAGAAAAGGGUGCAUCGACGUUGCCAUGCGAUUAUUUGAUGUGAAGUUAAUAUAUUCUGUGGUAUUUGACAAAAGAUAAUCAAGCGAGGUGGAAUGAUCUUUGAAGAAAGAGAUGCCUGUCAUGCAAAUGAAUUACCAUAUGUCAGUGAUCAUUGUCUUUUUCCUGUCAGAAUUACCCAUUAUAUAGCCGAAUCUGCUUUGAAUUAUAUCCGAACUUUAGGCUCUGUCGAUCUUUUUACAAGUGAAGCAGUUAUAAGGAGACUGCUUCACAGGAAAUUUUUUGGUGAAUUUUGGGUCCUUUGUCCAAGCUUAUCAUGGCUUUUAUAACUUUGCAUUUUUGUCUUGUCUAUCUUUUUGUGCACUUGUGCUGUUUUUUCACUAAAAGGGAUUCCCAAAGAUGUUAGUAAGCUGGAGAGUUCUAUUCCAGCAAGGUGAAAAUUAUUGACAGUUUUUGGAGUUCUUCAGAUGCAUCUAAAUCAAGUUUAACUGAGUUCCCCCUUCUGAAAUGCAUGCUCUGAAUUUCCACAACGCUUACUGGUGGAAGCAGUGUAUGUUCUAACAUUUGUAUAUUAUAAUCUGCUGUCAUACUAAAUCGCACAACCAUUUUUUGCAGAAAACUUUAUUGACAUGUAUCUAUUUUGCAUUGUUUGUCUAACCUUUCUUGCCCUAGUUUGCCUGCUGAUUGUUUACUGCACUAUGAUCUGCAUAGAUUUAUUUUUCUUUAUUUUGACCGUCUUUUCUGCUGAUCUUAUUCUUCUCAUCUAUUUUGUUUUCCGAAUAAUGUGAUAUGAGCUUUUGAUGUUUCAUCCCUCGUGGAGCUAGACCAUGAGAAUGAUAAGCCUUGGACCGUUAAACAUGCUGGAAAAUUGAGAAGACAUGUUCAAAAAAGUUGAGAAUGAAUCGAAGAACCACUCCAUCAGUUCAGUGAACAAACACAACAGUCAUCAACGAAAAGGUUUUCCAGCACCUGCUAAAGUAGUUUUGCAGCCUGUCCCAAGUUCAAAUGUUACCAUUGCUCAAAAAGUUGAAGGCUCUGAAUCUAGCAAAGUUGCAAUUGUUGAUCUUGGCAAAUCAUGUGAACUGAGAUUUGGAAGCUAUUGUUUAUGGCUGCAAGAACAUAAGGAGGAUAUAAAGGAUUCUGUGGUGAAGAGAUUGAAGGACCAGCUUUUUGUUGCAAGAGCAUAUUUUCCUAGUAUUGCAAAACUUCCCAGUCAAGAAAAGUUGUCUCGUGAAUUGAGACAAAAUAUUCAGGAUUUUGAGCGUGUUCUGAGUGAAUCUUCUAAAGAUGCUGAUCUUCCUCCCCAGAUCGGAAAGAAGCUGCAAAAAAUGGAGGCGUCAAUUGCAAAAGCUAAAUCAUUCCCAGUAGAUUGUAAUAAUGUAUACAAGAAAUUGAGUCAAAUCUUGGAUUUGACUGAGGACGAGGCUAACUUCCAUAUGAAACAAAGUGCCUUCCUCUACAAAGUAGCAGUUCAGACCAUGCCAAAGAGCCUUCACUGCCUUUCUUUGAGGCUCACGGUGGACUAUUUUACAUCACCGUCAAGUGAUAUGCAGGUUCCACUUUCGGAGAAGUAUUUAGAUCCCACAUUGCGUCACUUGGUCAUAUUCUCCAAGAAUAUACUUGCAUCUUCAGUGGUGAUAAACUCAACAAUCAUGCAUGCAAAAGAAAGCCAAAAUUUAGUUUUUCAUGUGCUGACAGAUCAAGAGAAUUACUUUGCAAUGAAGCUAUGGUACUUUAAAAAUGCUUAUAAGGAUGCCACUGUUCAAGUGCUAAAUGUUGAAGAUCUUGAUUUGGGCUACCACGAUAAAGCAUCUUUAUUGCCUCUCUCUUUGUCAGAGGAAUUUCGCGUUUCCUUUCACGGCAUGAAUAAUAUGUCAAUCCCCAAGACGAGAACAGAAUACAUUUCUAUUUUUUCAAAUUCUCACUAUAUUCUCCCAGAGUUAUUCCCGAGUUUGAAGAAAAUUGUGGUUCUAGAUGAUGAUGUUGUUGUCCAGCAGGACUUGUCUGCACUGUGGAGCCUCAGUAUGGGAGGGAAAGUGAACGGCGCUGUGCAUUUUUGCUCUGUAAGAUUGGGUCAGCUACAAAGUUACUUGGGUGAGAACAGUUUAGAUAAAAAUUCUUGUGCUUGGAUGUCUGGUUUAAAUCUGAUUGAUCUAGCUAGGUGGAGAGAGCUAAAACUCACUGAAACUUAUCGGAGGUUGGUGCAAGAGUCGGAUAUUGGGGAGCAAUCAAUUGAAGCUGCUGCGUUGCGUGCAAGCUUGCUUACCUUUCAGGACCUAAUUUUGGGUUUGGAUGGUGAGUGGGUUCUGUCGGGAUUGGGGCAUCAUUAUGGUCUUGAUAGCCAAGCCAUCAGGAAAGCUGCAGUUUUGCACUAUAAUGGAAACAUGAAACCAUGGCUUGAGAUGGGAAUUCCUCAAUAUAAGAACUACUGGAGAAAGUUUUUGAAUCUAGAAGAUCAGAUAUUGAGCGUAUGCAAUGUGAACCCUUGAUUGGGUGGCAAUUACACUGCAUGAAGCUCAACUGCCUUUUUGCUGGUAGCAUUGUCUUGCAGAUGCCCGUUGACUUUGGUACCAUACUGACCAGUUGAAAGAUUUAUCAGAAAGGUAGCUGUGAAUCAAGUGCUAGCAGCCAUGAACAUUGAGAUUUAUUUCCGAUUCUUUUGGUAAAUAAAAGGAUAUCUAGUUACCUUUGCAAAGCAGGAAAGGAAGACAUUCUGUGAUCACGUCUGAAUCUUAGCAAGGGAAUGAUAUCUCUCUGGCAGCGAAUCAAUCGGACAAAGAGGGAAUAUGGGUCUCUCUGUUUGUUCCAUAGGGUUGGAAUUGGACGACUUGAGUGGAAACCGGCAUGAAUAAUUGGUUCAUUCAAGGUGCUACUGCAAGGUGCUCCUGGGAAGAGAAAACUACCGCUUGAUGAUAAUUUUGGAUGGAAAGCGAUUAUUAUAGAGUAAGUUACUCAUUUUCUUUCACAUUUUUUAUUCCAGAUUGAUUUUCAUGUCUUUUUGAACUAGAUAUUUUUUUUUUUUGGUGGUCGAAACAAUCGAAGGGCCAAUUAUUACGUGUAUUUGUACCAAUUGUACAUUCUUGCGAUUAUGAAAUUGAGCCAAAAGUCACAUCUCUAGCUUGUUC